CCUUUUUUAACAUUUUUUAUCACCCACAAAUCAACGCAAUGAGCUAUAAUUACGCAAAUAAUUUUUUAAAGUAUAUAAGUUACGUUAAAUUUGAAACUGCCUAUUUUAGGAAGUUAUUUCCAACCCAAAUUUUUGAAAAUCUUGUAUACCCUCCAAAUGAAAAAUUAGCUCCUGUAGAAAAGGUACCAUUGUUUGUAAGCAAUCAAAAAUCACCUAAGAUGAUGAGGAAAAAUAUUGAUAUUAGAGGGCCUGAAUUGGUUCACAACAAAUUAAUUCAUCAACAAUAUGGUAUCAUGGCUAUACAUGGUGGUAAUCUAAAACAUAAUCAUUUCGAAUUGAUACGGAAUAUUAUUAAUAGAAAAAUAAAAGAACAAAAAAUAUUUGCUAUUUGGAGGGUAGACCCACCUUGGAAACCGGUGUCAAAGAAAAGUCAAGGACUUAGAAUGGGCGGUGGGAAAGCUCCUAUCCAUCACUAUGUUACGCCAGUUAAAAGUGGGCGAAUUAUAAUUGAAGUAGGUGGAAAAGUUGAAUAUGGUGAGAUCAAAGAUUGGCUGAACAAUUUAGCUAAAGUACUCCCUUUUCAGGCUAAAGCUUUCUCGCAUUCUACUAUGAAUAAAGCAAUAUCUUCUAAAAUUAAUUUAAAUCCUUAUUCAUUUGAGUUUAUUAUUAGAAAUCGAAUGCAAGGUUGUUAUAAUUGGCUUAGCCUUUAUGAUUACGAAUGGCUUGGAAAAUAUCAUUAAAUACUAUAUGUCAUUUUGAAUAAAUUAUGAUAUUUAUUAUUAUUA